UUUACUACUCGAAAAAUACACAGAUUCUUCGCUACCACUUGAAGACUCCGUUUAUUUCGAUGCUCAACACUACUGGUCGUUAGAUGAACUCAAUAUUACCUUGGAAGACAUUCCCGUAGUAUCAGCUCGUAAUUCCCCCUAUUUCCCAUCCACUUCCAUCCCUUUUCCUCAACUCUCCCAUCCUAAGAGAAAUCGGCGGUCCUCUCCUUCCUUUUGGCGAACAGAAGUCAUGACUGAAGUGAAAGAUGCCAAGAGCACCGAGAAGGGACUUGCGUUCGGUAGAGUUGAAAUUGUCCCUGGAAUUGUCAACGAGAGCGUGUUGACGAACGGACAAGAUGCCUGGCUCAAACUCGGCCAUUUUACCAACAAGUGUUUAGGCGAGCCAAAGCUCUGUAAAGAUGGCCUAACCGUAUCAUUUUGGAUCAAAUAUCACGAGUCAGACAGCCAAAUUCAAUACUUCAUGGGGACAAGCGGAACGGAGCAAGGCUAUCGAGGCUUCCUCGUGUACCAAGAUUUUACACGGGAUGUCGAAGAUCACUUGACUAUUAAAGUCGAGAACAGUACGUUACUAUGGGAACGCAGCUUUUAUGUACCACGUGACACUUGGGUGCACGUGAUGUUCACGUGGGAUUCGACGGCAGGAUUGUCUAUUUUUACAAAUGGUAUCCUUGCAGGGAAAGAUAAUGUCGGCAAGACUACAAAUCCUCUUAGUCCUUACUUCACGACUCUGACUGUUGGCAGACCAAACGAUAAGUUUGUCUUCUCGAAUGCGUCAUUCGACGAGGUAGCUGUUUGGUACCGGAAAUUCCACCCUCUGGAAAUCGAGACGAUUCAUAAUCGACUGAAUGGGAAUGAAAUAAGAGAUGAGUGGGAAUUUUAUAGGAAAGCCAAAGUAGAACUGAUAAAGGAAGGAGAGAGUCAAAUAAUGGCACUGCUAUACAUACAGUUUGGCGUGGUGACGAUACUUUUCCUGGCCGUGGUGAUAUAUUUUCCAGACAAACCCCCAAGACCACCGAGUCACUCAGCCAAGAUCAAGCGAGAAGACUUUUCAGCCGGGGUAAAGCAGAUUUUCAGAAAUCCUCACUUUUGGACUCUUGGCUUAGUGUAUGGAGUAACUACAGGUGUUUACAGUGGUUGGGGAGCAUCGUUGGCAGUGAACCUUGAGACCUUCAAUAUUUCUCAGAAAAAUGCAGGUUGGCUCGGGUUCUACGCUACUAUCGCUGGUAUCGGAGCUGGUUUGAUUCUAGCCAGGUGCGCAGAUCUCUUCGGAGGAAGAAUGAAGGCUUUGCUGGUUUUCCUAUUCUUUGGUUCUUCCGGUUGUUUUCUUUGGUUUUCAUUGCUUUGCUUGAGAAUGAUUCCUUUUGAUAACAAUUCACUGUACAAGUCAAGUAUUCUCGGAGGCUUCUUUGUCAGUGGUACCAUCCCGUUGUUCUACGAGUUAACCGUAGAGACCACAUACCCGAUAGCCGAGGGUGUGACUACCGGGCUUUUAACUCUCAUCAAUAAUGCAUUCACAGUGAUUUUCCUUCUCAUUCUUACAAUUCCUGGUGUUGGUACUGUAUGGAUGAACUGGUGUAUGUUUGGCGCAUGUGCAGGCUGUAUACCCAUCAUGCUCAGCUUCAGAGAGAAAUACCGACGGCUUGACAUCGAUAAGGGGACAAAAAGCGACGAACCGACAAAAAAAGAAUCGCUCGAGUCAUCGGUACCAGACGGUGCAAAUAAUCGACUAGAUAAAAAAGAGUCAGAAUUAUAAAAACCACUGAUAAUUUACAGAUGAAGAUGAUAUUUAUAUGAAGAGAUUUAUGAACGUAACCGCGCGAAGACUGAACUCGGAGACGUACAUCGAGGUAUACAAGACGCUCAGCAACUGCAGUUACCAUAGCGACUCGGAUCAAGAACAUUUAUAGUUUGACGAUUGUUCACCAAACUAAUCAGAAUGAUUAAAAAAUGGGGAUAUUUA